CUCGCCCCAUCCCCAUGACAUACAGAUCUGGGGCACUUCAACCGUUUCGUGACGCGACAACCGGCAGCACUUCACACUUUCAUCGUUACGUAAGCAGCCCGCUGCCGACGCUGUCUCCCAAACAGUUUCAAGCUUCAGCUUGUUUUUCAGCAACAUGGAUCCAACAACCGCAAAAGAGUCCGAGAAGACGUGCGUCCUGUGCUGUCAAGACAUCGACAUCUUCGCUUUGGGCAAAUGCGACCACCCGGUGUGCUACCGGUGCUCCACCAAGAUGAGGGUGCUCUGCGACCAGAAGUACUGCGCCGUCUGCCGCGAGGAGCUGGACAAGGUGGUGUUUGUUAAAAAGCUGAAGACCUUUCAGGCUCUGCCCUAUCAGCAGUUCCCCUGUGAGAAGAGAUAUGACAUCUAUUUCGUUGACGAAAUGACCCACUCUCAGUACAGGCGUCUGCUGCUGUCAGAAUGCGUCCGUUGUCCAGAGCCGAAGGUUUUCUCCCGGUAUGAGGAGCUGGAGCAGCACAUGAGGAAGCAGCACGAGCUCUUCUGUUGCAAGCUCUGCUCGAAACAUCUGAAGAUCUUCUCCUACGAGCGGAAGUGGUACAAUCGCAAAGAGCUGGCGCGGCACAGAGCGCACGGCGACCCGGACGACACGAGCCACCGAGGACACCCGCUCUGCAAGUUCUGCGACGAGCGUUACCUCGACAACGACGAGCUCCUCAAGCACCUGCGCCGGGACCACUACUUCUGCCAUUUCUGCGACGCCGACGGCUCCCAGGAAUACUACAGUGACUAUCAGUAUCUGAGCGAGCACUUCAGAGAGAGCCACUAUCUGUGCGAGGAAGGACGCUGCGCCACCGAGCAGUUCACCCACGCGUUCCGCUCCGAGAUCGACUACAAGGCCCACAAGGCUGCGGCGCACAGCAAGAGCCGCGCGGAGGCCCGGCAGAACCGCCACAUCGACCUGCAGUUUAACUACGCGCCGAGGCAGCAGAGGAGGAACGAAGGUAUGGUCUCUGGCGAGGACUACGAGGAGACGCGGCACAACCGAGGAGGACGGGGAAGACCUCAGAUGGGCCAGAAAAGCUGGAGGUACUCCCGAGAGAGGGAGGAGGAGGACCGGCAGGUGGAAGCAGCUUUAAGAGCGUCGAUGGCGAUGCAGCGGCAAACGGAGCGAGCCGCCGCCUCCGCGCAGCGACAGGCGGAGCGAGCCGCCGGCGCCGCUCAAAGGCAAUCGGAGCGAGCCGCGCAAAGGCAAUCGGAGCGGGCUGCCGCCGCGCAAGAGAGGAGCGCUUUGAAAAACUGCAGAGAAGAGAGGACGGAGGCCGAGGAGCCGAGGCAGCUGGCAGGACAGCUCAAAGCAGUUAACAAACCCCCAGUAAAAACAAUGAAGAGCUCCAACCCCAGAGAUGAAGAUGACUUCCCUGCGCUGGGAGCCACAGCCGUAGCGCCAAUCGUAAAGCCCGGUCCGCCAGCGCCUACCCCAGCCCUGAAGGAGGAGGAGUUCCCCAGCCUCACAAGCGCCGCCGUUUCAUCCCCGAUGACCCCCGCUUAUUCCGGGCAGCCCAGAAAGACGUCGUCCUUUCACGAGGAGGACUUCCCCGCCCUGGUGCCCAAAGUGCGGCUUCUCAAACCCGCAGCCAGCGGCGGCUCGGCGUGGUCCACCAGCACCGCGGCGGCCAAACCGAACCCUCAGAUCCCUCCGUCCUCCAGAGCGGCCCCUCCUCACGCCGCUGCCCCCUCUGGACCGCAGCUCCUCGCUUCGUCAAGCUCGUCCUCCCGCAAGAAGAAGAAAGUCGGGGAGAAAGGGAAAGUAGCAGCUUCCCGUUCGCCCUGUCUGUCUGACGACGACGGCGGGGGGAUGACGCAGCAGGAGUUCCGCUCGGUGCCCACCAUGCUGGACAUCUCCUCUCUGCUCACUGUUAAAGGGGGCAACGGCAAACCCGCCGUGACUUCCUCUUCCGCAAACCCCGCCCCCAGCGCAGACCUCCCGUCCUCUAAAGCCAGCAAGAAGAAGAAGCAGAGAAACGCCGACGCUCCCGUCGCGUCUGCGCCCGCGGCUCCGGGAAUGGCGGCACCCGCGAUCUCGGUGGAGACGGCGGCGCAGAAGGAGAACGUCCCCGAGAAAAGCUGGAGCAAGUCGCUGUCCACCGUUGUCAUGGCAGCAGCGGUCAGCGGCUCUGCCGACCCGACGUCAGCCGCUUGCAGGGACUCACCGAGGGGAACCCCACCGCCUGCCGCAGAUCCUGCUCCGGAGCCAGAGGAGGAAUUCCCCGCUCUCAUGACCAAGAAGCCUCCUCCAGGCUUCAAGAGCUCCUUCCCAGUGAAAGCCACAGCAGCCAGCCCUCCCCCCGCCAUGCCCCCACCUCCCCCCGGACUGGGAAGCUCCGCCCCAAAGCCGCCCCCCGGCUUCACAGGAAUCCCCCUCAACAGCAACGUGGUGGAGCCCGCCGUCAGCCUGGCCCCCAAGAUGCCGACUAAUGGCUACCUGGUGCCGGAUGACUUCCAGCAGAGAAACCUGGAGCUCAUCAAGUCUAUCAAGAAGCAUCUGCACAACGAUGAGUCAAAGUUCAACCAGUUCAAAAAUUAUUCGGCUCAGUUCAGACAGGGUGUGAUCUCGGCCGCCCAGUACCACCGCAGCUGCAAGGACCUGCUCGGGGACAACUUCAACAGCAUCUUCAACGAGCUGCUGGUGCUCCUGCCCGACACGGGGAAGCAGCAGGAGCUCCUGACCGCCCACGCAGACUGCAAGGCGCUGGAGAAGCAGUCCGGCGCCGGCGGGAGGAAGAACAAGAACAAGAAGAACGCCUGGCAGAUGCCGGCCACGGCGGCCAACACGGCGGCCGAGCUGGACUGCCAGGUGUGCCCCACCUGCCGCCAGGUGCUCGCCCCCAAAGACUUCAACUCCCACAAGACCCUGCACAUCACUGAAAGCGAGGAGUUCCCCUCCUUGCAGUCGAUCAGCCGUAUCAUCAGCUAGCCCCUCCCCCCCCCCGGCUCGGUCUCCUCCUGCUCCGUCGGCCGUUGCGGGGCGACGUUUCAGCUCUCCCUGCAGCUCUCUGUGAAGGCCUUGCAGCGCCGCAGGAGCCAGCGUGCCAAACAGCAGCCUGAUCGCUGUUUUAAGCCAGAGGAGGCGCGGGCCUCCCUCUCAUUAAGACCGUCGCUGGUUUUUUUUGGUGUUUUUUGCCCUCAGAUAAAAGAUGGUUUUCCAGUUCAGGAUGUCUCCUGCUGGCACUCACCGUGGGAGCGUCUCUAAUCAGAGCGCCGAGGAUAAUACAAGGAGGAAGUCGUGUUGCGGCUUAACAGAGAAAUUCAAAAAUGAUUUUUUUUUAUGUUGCUUUUUGCUUUCACUUAAAACAGAACUGCACUUUGUCUCGGUAACAGGAAUUAACGGGAGCAUGCAAGGCAGCGGUGCUGCUUGGUUUGAACAACUAAAACGUCCGGUUCCAAUAAUCAGCACCAUAUUUAUUUAAAUACAGCAGAUUUACUGCUUAGUCUUUGCUGCUUAAUGCAGAAUGUUGUCUAACGGUGCAAGGUUUCUCUUGAUGUGAAAGAAAUGAAGCUGCUUCUGAUGUUGGAACAAAUUUUUGUUCGCAUUUCAAGUGUUUGGUUUGAUAUUCACUCUCAUUCCGUUCGAAUCCACAUCCGGUAAACCUGGCAUGUUAGUCGGCCGCCACCAGGACCGUGCUGCUGUACCAGUUUUCAAAAGAAAACCAAAUAAAAACAUCUUCAAUCCUG